AUGACGCAAGGCAAUGGAAGUAGUAGGAGGGAAGAAGGAAUUACGGAUUCGGAGCACUUUUCGCCGUAUAGGGCUGAUGGGAAACUUUACGGCUUCGUCUGUGUAGUAACAGGCGCCACACAACCCGUAGGCAAAGCCAUAGUCGCUGAAUUGGCCGCCCACGGCGCAGCCUGCAUCUACGCCUGCUCCACCCUCCCCUCUGACCCCUACACCCUCCCCGACACGACCAGCACCCAGUACCCAAACACGAAAAUCAUCAGCUACCCGUACAACAUGGCCUCUGAAGAAGACACGCUCGCCCUCAUCGACGACGUGCUAAACACCUGGGGCCGCCUCGACGUCUGGACCUCAUCCACGGGGCUCCUAGGCCCCCCCUCCAUCACGCAAACCGGACCCAAGGACUUAUACGCCGCAUUCGACACCAACGCAUUGCCGGCCUUCUUCGCGCUCAAGUACGCGCCCGCGGCGAUGCAGAAAACGACGCCAAAGGGCAACUACGCGAAUGCCGCGCCCAAAGAUGUUGCGUACGGCUCUAUCAUUGUGGUGACGAGCGUGGCGGGGACGUACGGCGGGUGCUGGGCUCCUGCGUUUACGAUGGCGUCGCAUGCGGCCUUGGGAGUUGUGCGGUCGGGGGUGCUGGUGUUGAAAGGGACUGGGGUGCGGAUUAACGCGGUGACGGCGGGCCAGAUUGAUGUGGGGGUUGAUUUGAAAGAUUGUGGGGUCAAGGAGAUGGCGCAGGGACAGUUUCCACCGGCGAGUCUGCAAGGGGGUGAGAGUCAGAAGAGGACGAUUGGGUUGGAGAGGGCGGGGAGGCCAGAGGAGGUAGCGAGGACGGUGGGCUUCUUGGCCAGUGGGUUUAGUAGUUAUAUCACGGGGGCCGAGUUGAGGGUUGAUGGGGGCGCGGGGGUUAUGAAUCCCAUUACUGUGCCUGUCUAG